GCGAAAGUGUGCUGAUGACAUAUGAAAAUGUGGAGCUAGUCUUCUGUGAGGCAGAUGGCCUUCCAGAGACAUUCAGAAAGAGUAAGAAGGGAAGUGUCUACCUGACCCCAUACCGGCUUAUCUUUCUGGCCAAGGGACGGGAACCACUGCAGUCCUUCAUGAUGCCUUUCUAUUUGAUGAAGAAUUGUGAGGUGAAGCAGCCAGUGCUGGGAGCCAACUACAUCAAGGGCACAGUGAGCGCGGAGCCUGGGGGUGGCUGGGAGGGCUCUGCUGCCUUCAAGUUGGUCUUCAUAUCUGGGGGUGCCAUUGAGUUUGGUCAGUGCAUGCUGCAGGUUGCUGCUCAAGCUUCCAGAGGGCAGCCGGUGACUGCAGGUUUUGGUUGCCCCUACAUGGCCAAUGGAGCGUAUGCUUACCCCCCUCCACCCCCUGCUAAUGGCAUGUACCCUGCUGGACCUCCACCUGGGUAUUCCUACCCUGCACCUCAACCUACAGAUGGGUUCUACCCUGCCCCUCCCACCUUUGACAGCCCAGCGGCCUACAUGCCCCCACCACCCUACUCUGCACCACUGGGGCAGGCCCCCCAGGACCCUGACCUGCCUAGGUCUGCUGCAGCGGAGGCAAAAGCUGCCGAGGCAGCAGCCAGUGCAAGCUGUGCUGCAGCCCCUCCCACUCAUGUGUAUCUGCCACAGGACAAACCGCCUCCCUAUUCCCCCCCGGAUGACAAGAAGACCCAGUAGAGGUUCUGGAUUGCAGCUUUCACCUGCCACGGCCUGUACCUCACGGUCUUUUUCUCCUCCUUUAACUUGGCUGUCGGGUGUUCUGUACCGUCCCCUGUCCUCAGCAGUCUCGUACCACCCCUCCUCAUCUUGGGUCGCAUUGUUGCUACAUUCACCUCUCUCAUCUACUGGCCACAGCUGGCACAGGAGGUAUAGGAUACUGAUCAGCAUAGGUUUGAGUUGACAGUGUUACUUUUCAGCGUCUCGUUAGAGAAAAUCAUUUGUGUUUUGGAUUUUGGAUUUGAUGUGGGUGGUUUGGUGUGAGAGACGGUAGGUAGAACCUGGGAACGAUCCUGCCAUUUCUGGCAAGGUCUGAAUUUGUAUAUAAAAGUAUUGUGCAGGGAUGCAUUUCCUGGACGGAUACUGCAGUUUAUGGAUGCAUGAGACUGCUAGGCUUUAUGAUGAUCCCUGACUUAAAUGGAUGUAUUAAAAAUAAUUAUUUUCCCUUACUUUUUUUGCAGUGUUCAGGGCAUUUUGAGACUGUUUUAUUGUUUGGAAAGAUUAGCUCUUCAUCUUGAAAAAAAAGGAAAAGGGGUCAGGAAAGGGAGAGAGUGUAAGCUGUAAAGGCAGUAUGUUGGUGCAUCAGGUAUGGAAAGGGACCAGUUGGACAGUAUGUUGGUACCUUAGGUUUGGAAAGGGACCAGAGAUGAAUAGACAUCUCAAGGGAUCACCUCCUCUGUCCUCAGAUGCUCUCUCCCAGAUGGGAACUGAAUUGAAAUGAAUGGCACACUUUUAGGAAUGUGUAUGUGUGUGAAUGUAUCGCCUUUGUGAUGACUACGUAGAUCAAACCCACAUAAUCACUCCCCAUUUUUUGUUUCCCCCACCCUAGACUUCAUCCAUUUCACUACAUAAGUGUGUUAAACGCAUCCCUGCUCACACACUCGCCAGUCAGUCCCCUUUGCCUGCCACUAACUUUUCUUUUACUGCAGUGUGAACUGACUUGUUUGAAGGCACUUUGUAUAUCUUCUCAGCUGAGCACCUUAUUGAGUCUGUAGCCUGUUUCCCCUCUAACUGGCAAAAAGCAGUUGGCUGUUCCUUGCAGUUGGCUAGUCCUGCACUUUCAGAAUUGCUAUGCACCAUUCCCUUCUUGUCUUUUCUUAACUGUGUGUAAAAAAAGUAUGCUAUUUAUUUAAAUUUCACUAAUUUAUGCUUUAACUUAAACGGAAAAUGAUGAGAUGAGAAGCAUGGUUUAAAUUGUGAAACUUGUACUGUGCAUAUAAUUGGAUUUUAAUAAACUGAAUUUGUGUG